GGGAGGGGGUGACAGGCGUGCCUCAGUCGGGGCCUGCAGCGGGGAGACGCUUGGCGCAAAGCCAGGGGGAGGAGCAAGAUGCUUGGAUUUUGAGGAUCUUUCAUGGGAUUUUGAGGAUAUUUCAUGGCUGCAGGGCGAGAUUUUUCUGCCUAGGCUCUGGCUGCGCGGCUGGAGCUGCACCUUUACCCUGCCAGGCUCUCGCCGCGGCUUUCCUGUUCCCGGGAGGCUCUGGCAGGGCCCGGCUGAAGCGAGCCUCUUCUAUCCGCUGCCAUUAGGUUGGUCGCAGGCUUGCUGCGGGCACGGCUCCCUUCCUCAUCCGACCCGCCGGCCCUCGGCAGGCACAGGACGGAGGGAUGGACUCCGACCCACCGCUCGGAGGGGCUCGGGCAGGGCAGGAUCCCUUUUGGAGACAGAAACCAGAGCCAUCACUCGUACAAAGAGUCCCUCUCUGUCCCGGGAAAGUAUAAGUCAGUCGUCCCUUCGUCAUGUCGUCGAUCCGUCUGCGUUAGGUACUCGCGUGCUGCAUCCCACCUGUCCCGGUCGAGGCAGCUGCCGUGGACGCUUUGUGCCCGUGGGUCUCCGCCCCGCUUCCCUGCCUUCGCAACCCGCCCGAUAUGGGGAGAGGCUGGGGGCGCAAGGCUGCCGCCCCCCUCCCCUCUCCCCCAUCCCCAUCCGCUCUCCGCCACCCCCACCCCCUCUCCCCGCGAGAGCCCCUCGCACUUGAGGCGGGGAUGAAACCGGGCUGCCCUCCUGCCGUGUCUGAGGGUCCGGCUGCCGCCACCCUGCGGUCCUUCUGCCGCCCUGCCGGCGCCCCUCGCCCCGGGCGGAUGCGCGCACUUUACCUCAGCCGCUGGCAGCCGCGGAGAGGGGGAGCGGACACCGCAGCGCCGCUCCGCUGGAGGGGUGCCCGGAGCGGGAGGGACGGGAGGGGCAGGAGGGGGAGGGGGUGCGAGGGGGCGGUCGCUGCCCCCGAGAAAGGAGCUGGCUCGCAGCGACGGGCGAGAUCACAGCCAGGGGAGAGGGAAAGCCAGCGGCGGCCGUGCGCCUCAGGUCGGCGGGGGGGGAUGGAGGGGUCCCCCCGGAGCGACGGCGACCGCCUGUGCAGCGCCGCCGCCCGCGGGGACCACGAGGAGGUGAGGAAGCUGCUGCAAGCAGGCGUGGAUCCCAACGGGACCAACGCCUUUGGGAGAACCCCGAUCCAGGUGAUGAUGCUGGGCAGCCCGCGGGUGGCCGAGCUGCUGCUGCGGCACGGAGCCGACCCCAACCGCCCCGACCCGCGCACCGGCUGCCUCCCGGCGCACGACGCGGCCCGCUCCGGCUUUCUGGAGACGCUGGCGGCGCUGCACCGGGCCGGGGCGCGCCUCGACCUCCCCGACGGCCGCGGCCGCCUGCCCCUCGACGUGGCGGCGGGGGGCCCGCACGGAGCGGUGAGGCGGUACCUGCGCGACCCUCCGGCUUUUCUGGGAGCCGGGGGGGUCGCCGAGAAGCCUGCUCCAUGACCCGCUCCCGGCCGUCCAUCCCGCCGCUCUUCCUGUGCGUCCCGGGCACUCCGGCUCCCGCUCCUGCAAGACACGUGCUGAGAUUUUCUCAGUUUCCUGAGAAAAAGGAAAAAUUCCAAAACACAAUCAAGAUUAGCACUCCUGCUUCUCCGUCUCAUGCUCUCCGGAGGGCAGAGCACAAGCGCCAGACGGCUUUUUUGCGCUUUAGCGGGGGGAAAAAUAUUUAAUGUUCGCCUUUUCCUCUUUUUGUUUGUUUACAAUAAAGCUGCUUAGAAGUGAGAACGCUACUGGCUUGCUCACUGCCCUGCAAGGCUUUGUAUUUUAGUUGUUCCUUGAGUUCCUUUUAUGUAGUUGCUCUUCCAAAUAGUGGACAUUUUAGCCAUAUAAUUCACAAAUUUAGUUUAACCCCAGAGUUUCUCCCCUCACCAGCUGAUGCAACAUAAAGUUUUAACACCAAGAUGUAGCAGUGAUUUAAUGGUAACAAUUUUAACGCUGCUCAGCAUUACAGUUGAAGAACUACAAACAUUUUGUGUAGCUGUAUUUAUGGAAAUUUCUGUGAGAAAACAACUGUCAAUCAAUUGGUUAUUGCAUCGUUUUUUGCAUUUGGAGACCACAGUGCUCAGAAGAUAUGGACAAAGAGCUUCUUAUUUUUAAGACGGCUUUCUGGGUCUCUAUAUUUGGAAACAACAACAAAUUAACGAGUUUGGUCAUAAAUCUGGAUUUUUGCAUACUUUUUGGUUUCUGUUUUUCCUGCGUAAUUUCUAUCAUCUACCUGCUGUUCAUGCCACUUAUGUAUGAAUAAAUACCUGAUAUUAUUCUAUAAUAAAACAUAAAAAAGAUUGGCUUAAAAAUAA